AUGGCAUUGCCUUCAUUCCAACUAUGGCUUCUGUUGCUGCUGCUUGCCGCAAACAAUGCGUUUGCAGUGCAUCCAAGAAAAUUAGCCAAAUUUAGUACUAAUGUAAAAAGAUUUGCCGCAAGCGGGGACUCUUUUGGACUCCCGCCAGAAUUUGAAAUACAUUAUUACACACAAACACUCGAUCAUUUUAACUACAAACCAGAAAGCUAUGAUACGUUUCAACAACGAUAUAUAUUGAAUUACAAGUACUGGGGUGGAGCAAAUAAUAGUUCACCCAUAUUUGUUUAUACAGGCGAAGAGGAUGAUGUAACUUAUGAUGUUGAUGCCAUUACUGAUCUUGCUGCUCGUUUCAAAGGUUUGCUGUUGUAUAUAGAGCAUCGCUACUAUGGAGAAUCAAUGCCAUUUGGAUCAGAAGACCAGGCAUUUCAAAAUUCUAGUACUCUUGGAUACUUCAGCUCAGAACAAGCUUUAGCAGAUUAUGCACAGGUGGUAACAGAUGUUAAAAAGAACCUAUCAGCAGAAAAUUGCCCAGCUAUUGCAGUUGGAGCAUCUUAUGGUGGAAUGCUUGCAUCCUGGUUUCGACUUAAGUAUCCACACAUUGUAAUUGGUGCUUUAGCAUCAUCCUCUCCUAUACUCUACUUCGACGAUAUCACCCCACAGAAUGGAUACCAUGUUGUCGUCACCAAAGAUUUUAAAGAAACCAGUGAGAGUUGUUAUAACACAAUUAUACAAUCUUGGCCUGAGAUUGACAGAGUUGCAGCUGAACCAAAUGGGUUACUAACACUUAGCAAUAAAUUCAAUACUUGCAGGACUUUGAACUCGUCCAAAGAGCUCAAAGACCGAUUAGCAAUCUCAUAUAUAUCCGCAGCCCAGUACGACAAUCCUCCGUAUUAUCCAGUCCAGAAUAUUUGUCAUGCCAUUGACGGAGCACCAGAAGGAACAGAUAUUCUUGGCAGAGUUGCAGCAGGUCUCCAUAGAUAUCCUGGUCAAGGAUGUGUUAAUAUAUUUUCAUUUGAGCUAAGCAACAAGAGUGGUUGGGAUUGGCAGACAUGUACUGAAAUUGUAAUGCCCAUUGGAUAUGGAGACAAUGAGACUAUGUUCCAAGCAGAACCUUUUGAUUUAAAGAACUACACCAGAGACUGUGUAAAUUGUUUUGGUGUUGUACCUAGGCCUCACUGGGUGACAACAGAAUUUGGCGGCCAUGACAUAAAAACUGUACUAGGGAAUUUCGCCAGCAACAUCAUUUUCUCGAAUGGACUACGCGAUCCAUGGAGCUCUGGAGGAGUUCUUGAAGACAUAUCAGAUAGUGUUGUUGCAAUACAUACAGAAUAUGGAGCACACUGUGCGGACCUAUUUCCAUCUAGUCCAGAUGAUCCUGUCUGGUUGGUGGAACAACGCGAAAAAGAAGUCAAAAUUAUUGCAGUUUGGAUAGCAGAGUAUUAUGCCAAGCUUUCUACCAAAGAGAGAAGUGUUUAAAACAAUCUCCAUUUUAUGUUUUAUAGACUUCAGAGAGAGACAUGAAAGUUUGGUUUUUGCUUAUUCCUUAAUAUUCACUAAAGACUUGAGCUUUAUAUAUGCCUUGUUAGAACCAACUGUAACAAAAACAUAAUAAACAUA